AUGGGCCAGAUGGUCUUUCAGAUAGGCUGCCCGUGCCCUUUCUGCCAGCAGUGUCUUGUGCAACAGAGGCAGCAACUCUAUUACUGGGCCCUUAACAUCGACCACUAUGAAGCCUUGAUCAGACCCCAACCGGAUCCGAGAGAUUUCAUCACUAAGCCUCCUAAGGAAGUCCUCAACAUGAUUGUGUCAUAUGUCAUGGGCGGUUUUCAUGACUGGCAUCAUUCUCCACCAAAGACCCCCAUGUACGCCCAGCAGCAGGUCACGCCAUACGGGUAUGCACCAUCCAUGGCGAAACGUGGUGCCGGUUACUUGACCGAUGAGAGGCUUCUCGGUCUUUCGCAGACGUGCAAGGUGUUUCGGGAUGUUUGCCAUGGCUUUGGUGCACACGAUUACCUGAUGGUUUGGGCAGAUCCCUCUAGAACGUCUUCCUCAACUCAAGCAUCUGUUUUGGGAGUUCAACGUCCCCCACACCCAGGCCGAAGAUGUAAGCGUCGCUCAAUCCAGCUCCAUUGCGCAAUCACCGAUCAAAACUACGCUUACGAGCCUGUUAGCUAUGCGAGGGUCUAUGACAAUGGAGCGACCGUCGCAAACAUCUACUUCAAUCGCGUCCCUCACCUUGAGGAGAUUGGCAUUUGCAAUGCCCAGCCGUAUGGCAAGAUGCCUAAUGACACCGGCAAAGCCUUCGUCAGGAUCAGGACGAAGGUCAAAGCAACCAAACCAGUCGGCGCAGAGGAUGGCAAGGGAUCGGACAGCAAGCUGGACAAGACUAACAAGACCAACAAGACCAACAAGACCGACAAGACCGACAAGAACGGCAAACUCCCGGAAACCACCACGCACGAGUGCAGGAGGCUCUUGCGAGUCUACGACCGCACCCAAAACGAGGAGCACCGCAUCAAGCAGCUCAAAUUGGGUUGCAUUCCGCCCACGACCGACCGCAGCCCCAAGCCGGCGGAAAUCUAUCGUGAUCCGGAGUACUCAAUGUUCGAGCUCGAGUGGAAGUGGGCGAAACACCAGACCCUCAAAGAGAUCCCUGCUGUUUCAACUGCUGCAACUGCUGGUGGCUCAUCUCCUUUAUCGUCUUCGGUGCCUCCCGGAGAUGACCCGGCCGCCGCCGCUACUCCUCACGGCGAAAUCGUACCCGCUUCUGUCUUCGGAGGAGGUGCUGCCGCUGUUGCCAACGCUCCAGCUUCUCUUGCUUUCGAGGACGCUGGUCAAGAGAGCAUUGCCGAUGUCAAUGGCAGCUCGUCGGAGUCUUCCACUCCCACUUAA